CCUCUCUCUCUCUCUUUCUAUAUAUAUAUAUAUAUAUUGUACGGAAGUCGUGUACUAUUGCCAUGGCGACCAGUUCCAGAUCACGGCGAGCCCUAGAAGCGCGGUCGGGAGGGAAAAUUGUGCGAGCCAGGCGAACCGCGGGUCCGAGGACCCCGUACGACCGGCCGAGAUUGGCCAAUCCGGAACCGGAGAACCCUAAUUGGAUCUCUAAGCUCAUUUUCUCGCCGACUCGUGUGAUCGCUACCGGCGCUGGGAAGCUCAUCUCCUCGGUCUUCUCUCAAGAUUCUUCUUCUUCGUCAUCAUCUUCGUCUUCCUCGUCGGGGAGUGACUCCGGUUCAGAGGAGAAUGUCGAUAACGAUUAUGAUGAUGAUGAUGAUGUCUCAUCUCCUGGAGCUGACAUAUCGAAGAGCCAUGGAAAAUCAAAAAUGAUCAAGGGCUUCUGGAAGGAUCCUGAACUAGCAACAGGAAAAAGAGAUUCCAAGCGUGCAAUUGAGAGGCUCCUUAUGCAGGAGACAUUCACGAGGGAAGAAGGCAACAAACUAAUAAAGAUUAUUAAAGCAAGAGUUGUAGACAGUUUAAGCACUAAAGAGGCAGAAACCGGGGGACUAACUGAGAUACCGAAUGAAAAAUCUGCAGAUGAGCAGGUUUUUCGUUGUACAGCUAUUAUUGAGGCGAAGAAGUGGUUGUCAGAGAAGAAAUUGAGAUCAGCUUCAAAAUCAGAUAUGGAUGAUGUUAUUGACGAUAAAGUGGGGUCACCAGUGGAUAUGGCCAAAGUGUACAUGAGGACACGUCCCCUAUGGGCAUCCCCUACUUUCAAAGAUGGAGAGUACAAAUCUCCAUCGCCAAUAAGCACACAUCUUUUCAAGGAAGAAACACCAUAUUCAAUUGGUGGUAAUGCUUUGUCCUCAUCCAAGGCAAAAAAGGAUACUCCCACCACAGGGUCGUGGAACAUUCAGGAGGAAAUACAUAAAGUACGAGUUAAAGCAACUGAAGAGAUGCUUAGGAAUCUACCAUCUAAAAGAUUCAAUUGGUCUUCUAGAGCUAGCCCGAUUUCUUUACUAUCUAAAAGUAUAGAUGUUAACGUGGGAGAAAAGGUAGAUGCUUCUACAAGACCCAUAGAUGGAUCUUUGCUGACAGCGACAGGAACAUUCAGUAGUUAUGGAUUCCAAGGGAUGGAAAUUGCACAAGAUGGGAUACAAAAUGAAGCUUCAUCACUCAAUCGAGUUAAUAACACUUCUGAGCAAAUUCAGGAUUUGGAAGUGACUAAUGCCGUUAAUGGAGAAGGAGGUACAAAGGAUGGCUUAGAAGGUAUGCCAUUCGAAGAACAGGGACUUCUUUCAUCUCAAGUUAUUGAGACUCUGAAUGUAUUGCUCAGCGAUGAUGGCCUUAAUGUUGCUUGUAACCACGAGGACACUGGUGCAACUGAGAAGCAGCUAAGUCCGAUUGCAGAAGGAAGCAUACAAGUUCCAGAUCCAAGAUCUCUCGGGAGCAACUGCGCAACAUCAAAGGAAGUGGCUGGAAACGAAAGUGCUUAUACGUCUAAUGGAGGAUACAGUCUGUCUGCAGACACAACUUCGGAGCAAGAUGCUAUGCUAGACGGAGAGGAACAUGAUCUUGGUGGUUCAAGUUAUGACAAGAUAGCCGUUGGUGGUUUUGAGGACGAGUCCUGCGAGCUUUUGAGUGAAACCUCUGUGGAGGUCCCUUACGUGAGCGAUACUAUGCACGAGAAUGAUUACAUCACAAAUGGCUCGCCAAACGUUGCGCAUCGGUAUUCGACUCGGCAUGGCUCAAAACGCAGUGUCGCACCCAAUGCCACUGGCGACGCUGACAAGCAACAUGGGAAGAGACUGAGCAGAUACAAUAGGAGAAAGCAAGGCAUUUCCACGCAGUGAGAUCUUAUUUUGUCAGUCCACUAAGCAGGUAUUGUUAUUGUUUGUAUUUAUUCUUGUUUUGAGAUCUUUAGCUAGCCGUCAAAAGUAAUUUGGUAGACCCACACCUGAGAUUGAGAAUAGAGAUUCUGGAAAUUUGAAAUUGCUUGUUCUGAUCAUGUACUGGCAUGAAUGUUUUAUGGGAAGUGUUUUGUCCAGGGAAAAAAAUGCACAUGUAAAUGUUAGUUCAGUUUGGUAGCUACUCACACAGAUGAGUGAGAUCUCCAUCCUCUCUCUCUCUCUCUCUCUCUCUCUCUCUCUCUCUCUCUCUCUCUCUCUCGUUCUUGUGGCUCUCUCUCUCUCGUUCUUGUGGCUCUCCUGAUGCUCUUAAGGAUAUAAUAAUGUAGUAUUGGGUGGAUUCAUAUUGGAUUCUACUGGAGUACUGGUACCUGCACCAUUUCACAAUUUUAAUCUCUGGAAUUAUCUGAAGUCCGGAACCCAGCCCUGUCAAGCACGUGUAACUCUUUUUCAUUAGCCCGUGUAACAUCAUUUGUAUAUCUGUGCAACACUCGGUUUAUUUAAAUGUAACAUUCAGAAAAUAUGGUCUAAUGUAUAG